CUAAUAAUCAUGGACGGUCCUCGACCUUUGCACUAAGCUUCCCUAAACCCCCUCACCUUUCAAAAGCUUCACUAAACCCCCUGACCUUUAUGGCGGCGCCAUUCACGGCCCUUCUGAAAAAAAAAACACAAAAUCGCGGCGCCGCCAACGAUUUAAUCGUUUGCAUGCGUUUUCCUCGCCACCUGUCGACCCACGUGACCUGUCCUCUGUCAGUUGCAACAGUCCCUCUCUCUGACAUGCCGGUUGACUUUUCAAAUUUUAAAAUCAAAAAAAAAAAUUAACCGCUCGGUAAUUUUUAUCUCUCUUUCAUCUUCUUUCUGACAUACUCUUUCAUCCUUCUCUUCUCUUCCCUUUUUUCUUCUGAAACUCAUUCUCUUCCCUUUUUUCUUCUGAAACUCUCAUUUUCACACCGCCAUUGUCUCGUCGAUUGCCUGUUCAUCUUCCGUGCUUUCUGUGUUUUUGCAUUGUGAAGAAGAAAAAAUAACGAAGGAACAAAACAUAAAUUUAGAGUUUUUAUAGUGAAAGAAUUACAAAAAUGAGAAAGAAAGGAAAAGGAAAAUCAAAGGAAAGAGAACGAACGGGACCACCUGGAACUGCUGGAUGGGGUUUAAUGGAUGAGAGCGAUAGUGACGAAGUGGUGGAAGUGUCACCAGGUUUUUUUGAAUUUUUUCAAAUCAACCUUCACAUUAAUGGGGCAUUGGGGGAAUGGGGUUACCAUGAUGGGGAAGUGUCCACCGGCGUUUAUUCUGUGUCUGGUAUGACUAUGAAGAAAUUAGAUAGAUGGAUGAAAAGAGAAAAAGUUGAGGGCUUAGUUGAUUAUUACUGGAAAGAAAAAGACAAGGAAUUUCAUGAUUGGAUUAGACCGAUAAAUCACGACGAUGAUGCUAUGGAAAUGGCAAGUGCUGGGAAGAGGGACGGAGAAGUGGAUGUCUAUGUUAGGAAACUGACCGUUAAAGACAUUGAGGCUUUAGUCCCUCCGCCCCCCUCGCCCCCACAUGUUGUAAUUGAGGAGAUACCAAAUCCCAAAGAUUUAGCUUAUGUGUAUCCCACUCCCGUGAAAAAAGUAAGGGGUAAACCAUUGGCUACCAAGGCUGGUGGGAGUAAACCACUGGGUACCAAGGCUGUUGGUGAAGGUCCUUCAGAAAGUGGGGGGUCAUGGAUGAGUCCAUAUGUAAGUGAAUAUGUAAGUGAAGGGGCUUCUAUGGUCCAGGGAAAUACGCAGGCUCAGGGGAAUGAAGGGGCAGAUUUUUUGGGACAAACUGACACUGGGAAUGAUGAGGUUGCUGGUGAGCGGGCAAAUGAAGAGGCAAGCGUUCAGAUGGCUGAUGAAGAUUGCCAUGAUAAGGGGGAUGGGGCUGCUGAAGAUUGCCAACUUAAUGGGGCUGAGGCUGGGGCUGUGGAUGGGGCUGAAGCUGAGGCUGGGGCUAUGGAUGGGGCUGAGGCUGAGGCUAUGGAUGGGGCUGAGGCUGAGGCUAUGGAUGUGGCUAUGGAUUUGGCUGAGGCUGAGGCUGGGGCUGCUGAAGAUUGGCAAGUGAAUGGGGUUGAGGCUGGGGCUAGUGAACAGCAUGGGCCACAAGAGGAAGAAGUUCCAAUUCAGGGGCCACAUGAGGAAGCUCAGGAUUUGGGGGCUGACGAUGGGCCGCACAUGGAUGAGGUAGAGGGGCUGCAUGAUAAGGGUCCUACUCAACAAACUCAAGAUGUGGACUUCGACAAUUUCUUCCAGACCCAACAUCAGCCCCCUUUUGAGGGUUUAUUUGAGGACCAGAACAGGGAACUACCGCAAAGGCAAAGUGAAGACCAGCCACCAAUGCCCACUGAAGAAGAGCUUCAUCAUUCACAUGAAUGGGUUGAAGUUGAAGAUUGGGAUGAUGAUCUAGAUGAGUACAUUGUGGAUCCUGAUUAUGACAUCUUGGAUGGUGAUGAAGAUUUGACUACCGAGUUGAGGUCAAACGGUCAGUUGCCUGAAGAUAAUGAAGAGAAUGAAGAGAAUGAACAGGAUGAAGAGAACGAAGAGAAUAUUGGUGCUUCGCAGAACAGGGCUGGUGGGAGACCCAAAGGUAAAGCCCAAUUUGAGUCUGGUGGUGUUGACAGAACAAUUCACCAGGACACUGUGGGUGGUGAUUCAGAGUACGUAGAGUCUGAUGGUAAUAGAUCUAUUUCAGAUUCAGAAGAAGAGGGGGGGGAGGAUUUUAAUGUGUUUGAUGAAGACCACGACCAUGAGGGUCCAACUUUCUCUAUUGGGAUGUUGUUCACUGACAGGGAGCAGUUUAAGAAGGCCUGCCGUGAGUGGGGGAUACACCACAGGUACCAACUGCACUUCCCUGUAAAUGAGAUAACAAGGGUGAGGGCAAAGUGCUACUCAAAGAGCAAAUGUAAGUUCUACGUGUUUGCCUCAAAGCUGCACCUCAAAGAUCCCAAUGACAACACAUUCCGAGUGAAGACCCUUGAUCUGCGCCAUACAUGUCCUAAAGUGAGCAAAAACUUCCACCUGACUAGUGCAGUCCUCGCCGACAAGUACUUAGAAGAAUUUAGAAACGAUCCUGAAUAUAAGUCUGAAGUGUUUGUGAAGAAGAUUCAGACGGACCUAAAACAAUCAAUAAGCAUUCAGCAGGCAAGAAGAGCAAGAAGGGCAGCAUUGGACAAAUUGGAGGGUGAUGAAGACCGGCAAUAUGAGAAGCUGUAUGACUAUAAGAGGGAGGUUUUGAGAACCAACCCAGGCAGCACGGUGGAGUUUAAAGAAGCAAGGGGGAAGUUCCAGGGAAUGUAUGUAUGUUUUGAUGGGUUGAAGCAGGCCUUCGUGAAUGGGAUGAGACAGAUUGUCUGUCUGGAUGGGUGCUGGUUGAAGGGUAAAUACGGGGGUCAACUUCUUUCUGCAACAGGGAUUGAUCCAAACGACUGUAUGUACCCCUUAGCAUAUGCCUGGGUUAAAACGGAGAACACGGAGACCUGGAUGUGGUUUAUUGGGCUACUAUCAGUUGAUCUGCACCUUACGAAUGCCGCUGUUUUCAUGUCCGAUAAACAAAAGGGUUUGUUGAAUGCUGUGAAGGAGUUGUUCCCAUAUUCAGAGCAUCGAUUUUGCUGGAGGCAUUUGUGGGCCAAUUUCAGGAGCACAUUUCACACGCAACACAUGAAGCCCUUCAUCUGGAACAUUGGAACAGCAACAUACAAAGCAGCCAUGGAUAGAGCAAUGAAAGCUCUGGAAGACAAACAUGACGCUGGCUACAAAUGGAUCAAAGAGAGGGACAGGAAACACUGGUGUAGAGCGCUGUUCAAAGAGGAAGUUAAGUGUGAUAUCCUCCUAAACAACCUGGCUGAAGCAUUCAACAAGUACAUACUUGCUGCAAGAGAGAAGCCAGUGUUGACAAUGUUCGAAAUGAUAAGGACGCAGCUUAUGAAGAGGAUUAAUGACAAGCAGAAGUUUGGGGGAAACAUGGAGGGUGAGCUGUGCCCAAAGAUCAGAAAGAAGCUUGCUAAAAUCAUUGAUUAUGGUUGGAAGUUCACCGCAGAUCCUGGUGGUAGCCCUCAGUGGCAGGUAGAGGGCCCAGGGGGCCAGUUCGUAGUUGAUUUGGCUAACAGAACAUGCACAUGUCGAAGGUGGCAGCUUAGUGGAAUCCCAUGUUCGCACGCUACACCAUGCAUAUAUGGAAAUAAUCAACGGCCUGAAGAGUUUGUGGAUGAUUGCUACAGUGUAGCUACGUAUCAGAGGGUAUACAGCUAUGUAAUCAACCCUAUGAAUGGGCCAGACAUGUGGGAAACAGACCCUGAGCCGGCUAAUAUCAUACUCCCACCAUCCCCAGUACAUAAGAAGAAGAGGGGCAGAAUACCAACGGCCAGGAAAAAAGAGGCGGAGGAACUAGAGAAACAAAGGGUUGAAAAAGCCAAGGAAGCCGCUGCAGGUAGGGAAAAGUUGCCAAGGAAAGGAAAUAUGAGAAUGACGUGCAGUUUAUGUGGUCAAUAUGGACACAAUAAGAGGGGUUGCCUAAAGAGGAGUGGGGGUCAGUCAACUCAUGAGGUUGGUGGUCCGUCAGCUAAAAGAGUGCCUGGUGGUCAGUCUGUUGAAAGAGAGCCUGGUGGUCAGUCUGCUGAACGAGAACCUGUGCUUCAUGACUCUCCAGUCACCCUCCGCUGGAUGAUGGAUGGUACAAGUCAAGUCGUUCAUAGGUCACCGAGUAGACGUGACACCUUUCCAUUUGUGGAUCAAGCAGUUCCGGCGGAACCUCCGCUUGCUGACCAAGGCCAACCAGACCAGAACCACCCAGGUGAUGCAGAAGAGAAUGCCUUCAACAGCCAACGGAGCAGUGUUGACGAUGGAGCUCCGUCCCAACCUAUCCCGACGCAAGCUGAAAAAGGAAAAGGGAAGCGGAGAGCUAAAGAUGUUCCCUCUAGAUACAUGAACAUCCUGAGGAAGAGAUCCAAAAAAACGUAGUGCUGGAACAUGGAUUAGUGGUAGUUAUUUUGCUAAUUAUUAUUGUGGUGCACAUAGGCAGUAUUUUGAACCAUGCUUUUGAUUGUUUUGAGCCACAAUGUUGUGGUUGUUUUA